AUGUUUCCUGGAGAGUCAGACGCAUGGACUGAUGACUUCGGUGGGCGCCUCGACAGCAUGCCGGCAGAGGGAAAAGGCAAGGGCAAGAGGAAGCGAGAGCGGCUUGAGUUGGAGCCGCCGGACUUUGCCAUCGAGUAUGGUGGCGGCCGGCAACGCAAGCGGUACGCCUUGGAGUUCACAGCAAACGCGGUGAGGUACGCGAGCAAGAUCAGCCCGGGGGCGCAGGGGUCGGGUGGAACCGUUGGCGUAUCGUAUGCCACAAGAGUGUUGGGGAUUUCUGAAAAAGGCGACCCUUGCAGCGUGGGUCAAGGACCGGAAGCAACUCGAGGAACAGCUGGCGAAGGUGGACAAGAUGGGCCCAAAGGCAAGAAAAAAGCUCGGAGUGCCAAGUCGUUCAGCGUCGGGAGGUCAAGGUCAAACGCGGACGCCGAGCUCGAAAUUCUCGACUGGAUCAACGAUCUCCGCGCGGAUGCCGUCUCUGCUCGUGUCUCGACGAGGAUGAUCAAGAACAAGGCCGUUUCAAUCAACCCGCUUUUCUUCGGCCCGAAGCCUGCUCCCAAAGACCUGGACGACAACAAGAAGUACCGCCACAGGCAGACCACAUGGUGCAGGAGGCCAGAAGCUCCCGACCGGUGGCCUGCGAUUACCAUGAAGGCCGUCAAGGAGUGGAGGGCGCUUCGUCACGGAGGAAUCAACGGUGGGGAGGGGGGGGGCGCGGGCGCGGCGGCGAAUAGUGGGUCGUCGAUGCCACCUCUGUUGUUCUCGAAGAAGCAAUCCUUCAACAUGGACGAAACUCCGGUGUGGCUAGAGCUACCUGGCAACACGACCGUGGCGCGCACCAGCCAGAAGGAGGUCGCCGUGAAAACCGGCGGCAAGGAAAAGGUGCGCAUCACUGCUGUGCUCGCAGCGAACAUGAGUGGAGACAAGCUCCCGCCCUUGCUCAUCUUCAAGGGCAAGCACACGGCGCAGGGGAAGCCCCUGGCUCCCAACAGCAUCGAACGGGAGUUCAAGGCGGGCAAGGACAAGCAAGGACACACCUACCCUCGGGGUGUCGUGUACGCCGUGGACGAGAAGGCGUGGCACACACAGCGGGUGUUCAACGACGUUUGGCUGCCUCAAGUGUGGAACCGGCGCCCGGGCCGCGGAGGGAGAGAAUUGAGCUACCGUCAGCCAGACACGCUUCUAGCUUGGGACGACUACACUGUGCACAAGACAGCGGCGUGCAAAACUGCGAUGAAGACAUCCAACACGACGCUGUUCCUCAUCCCCGGAGGACUGACGCCCAAGAUCCAGCCUUGGGAUGGCCUCAUCAUCAAGUUGUUCAAGUCUAACAUGUCUCGGCUGCACGACGACCACAUGACCUCUGACAAGGUCGUGCGCAACGACCGCGGCUAUCCGGACCCCCCAUCAAGGGGUUUGCUCGCGCAGUGGGUGAAGAAAGCGUGGGAUGACGUGGACCCUGAGAGCAUCCGCUCAAGCUGGAAGAAGGCCGGCAUGUGCCUUCCCUUCGACGGAUCUGAAGACGAGACGUGGGCCAACAAGGAGCUCGGCGUGCAAGCAGACGGCGACGUGGCCGCUGCUGGCGCGGGGAAGGCUGACCCAGCGGCGGACGAACAACCGUUGAAGAUGGCGGAUUUGCUGGAGGUGUUGGAAAUCGAUGAAGAUGACAGCACCGUGGGGGACAAGGACGACAGCGACUCAGUUGAAGUGGUAGGAGCGCCGUCGGGGGUGGAUGAUGUCUGCGUAGAGUAAGUGUCGUCUUCGGAUGCAUUGUUUCCUUCGGGGUUUAUAUCGGUGUGCGCAUGCCGUGGAACGCCAUGACCAUACCACGACUCAUGUGUUUUGAGUCUUCCCAGCAGUCGAUGGUAUUUUUCUUUGUGCGAAUUUUGCUUGUAGCUUUUGUUGAUUGUUCGGUGGUGUUGGCUUUUUUUCAGGUGCCAAAACGAUGAAAGCAAGUCUGGCAUGCUUCGGAUUUCGUUUUGGUGUGUUUUCGUACAUGGUGAAACUUGGUCGUGUUCUCGCUUAGGUUUGGGCGCGGUAGGAGAUUGCCGGACACAUAGACGUGUUGAGUGAUUAUAGCUGUAUACUGAAGCCCCACGGAAAGGGGAGGUUUGAGAUUGCCACACCAUGGACGGAUUGCGUGGGGAUAGCUGCAUACAGUCCCACGGGUUGAGUGAUGUUGGAGUGCCGGACACAUAGACGCGUUGAAUGAGGAUAGACACAUAUUGAACCUCACAGGUCAUUUGUAUUGGAGAUUGCGAGACACCUAGACGUGUUGAGUGAGGAUAGCUGCAUACUGAAACCUCACAGAUGCAUUGGUUUUUGCCAGACACAUAGACGCGCUGAGUGGGGAUAGCUGCAUAUUGA